AUGGCGCCCGUCCCUCUCGUUGGCCACAGCCGCGUCACACGCGAGCGUGCCCGCCCCUCGCACGCCCCGUCCCCCCCCAUUGCCCCCGUCGCCUUACACUACCCGCUUCGCCAUCCCAACAUCAUUCGUCUGCACGCCGUCCAUCCGGCCCGUCCGCCUCACCAUCACCUCUCUUCCACACCUAGUGCUCAGUCGCUCUCGCUCGCACUAGUCACUGAACUCGCUCCGGCGGGCGAUAUGUUUGCAGAGGUCGCCGCCGCAGGCUCCCUGCCGCCCCCUGUCCUCAGGAGAAGGCUGGCCGACAUUGCCAACGCCCUCUCGUAUCUCCACCACGAGGGGAUUGCUCAUCUUGACCUCAAGUUGGAGAACGUCGUCAUCUCCAAGUCGAACACCGCAAAGCUUGCCGAUUUUGGCUGCGCCGCCCGCAUUGCUCACAAAAACCCCAACUCCUCACUUCGUGGUACCCUGCACUACCUCGCCCCGGAGCUCAUCAAUGACCCCUCGCUCCCCCCCUCCCCCACGGCUGACGCCUGGUCUAUGGGCGUCCUUGCUUACACUGCCCUCGUCGGUGCCUACCCUUUCAACGGUGCCCGCCCCGGCAAUUCCGAACAAGCCAAUGAUCGCGCCACCAAGUAUCGCAUUCUUCACGCCGCCCCCCACCGAUUCCCAUCCGCCCUUCGUAUUCCCGACGAUCUCCUCAAGAUUAUCCGCGGCCUUUUGCACAAGGACCCCGCAAAGAGAAUGACCAUUUCAGAAGUCUACGCCCUUCUCUCCUCCGCUCGCAACACCACCAAAUCCAUCAUCAAAACUCCUAAUCCUCAGAGGCCUUCCCCGGACAAAAUAUUCCGCCCGCCAUCCCCGGCUAGCCCCAUCAAUGCCGAUUUUCACUCCAACCACUCGGCGCAAUUCUAUGGGCCGCCCAGCCCCGCGAGCAACCGCCCCUCGAUCUUGAUGGCGCCCACUUCAUCACUUCCCCUUUUCGACAUUGCGUGCACACAUCUCACCGUAAUGUCUAAUUUUCGGUUGCUGGCCCCACACCCAGUCAGUCCGCGUGUAUCAUUUUCACUCCUUUCUCCUUUUCUUUGUGCUCUAUUGCACUUUGGGGCUCAUCCUAUAGAUUUCACCCUUAUCAACACUCCCAAUAACACAACACAUUAA